AUGCGCGCUUCGGAACCGGGGUCGUUCCAGGCUGGAUCGAACGGCCCCGUUGCCGCCCUUUCUGGCCCCUCGCGGCCCCUUCGCGGCCCUCCCGCUGCCCUUCACUGCGGCCCCGUCGCCCUUCGCUGCGGCCCCGCCGCCCUCAGCUGCGGCCCCGUCGCCGCCCUCACUUGCGGCCCGUCGCCGCCCUCAUCUGCGGCCCCGUCGCCGCCCUCACCUGCGGCCCGUCGCCGCCCUCACCUGCGGCUCGUCGCCGCCCUCACCUGCGGCCCCAACGCCGCCCUCAGCUUCGGCCCCGUCGCCACCCUCACUUGCGGCCCGUCGCCGCCCUCGGUUGCGGCCCCGCCGCCCUCACCUGCGGCCCCGUCGCCUACCUAUGGCCCCGCCCACUUGCGGCCCCGACCCCGCCCCGGCCAUGCCCCGUCGCCAGCUGCGGCACACCGGGGGCACGUGCACCGCCCCCCCCCCCCUUUUCCCGUCACCUGUCGAGGCGACCUGAGGGGGGCCGCGGCGACCUGGAAGGGGGGGGCAGGCGUCGCCCCCUCUGCCGCCUGCUUUGGCGCCCGGGGAGGCCCAUUCUGCGUGCGUGCAAGCAUGGACGGGUACGACGUGCGUUAUGGCCGGACGUAUAGUCGGCAUGAGCAGGAUCGCUCACGGCGCGGACACUCCCGCGAGCGUGGGCGGUCGCUGGAGCGGUCUCCGCGGAGGCCAGAUCGAUCGCCGCGAAGGCCUGCCUUUCGGGCGGAUCAGGUGCCUCUCGGGCAUGAACGCCGAGAGGAAGGAUCUGCACUAGGAAGAGCCGGCGGAUCGGAAUCGGCCAUGGUGAGGAGUGAUCCGUGGCGGACGGAAACGCGCCAUGGGGGUGGCGAUCUGGGAUAUCGCCAGGAGACGGGAGCGUAUCGCUCGCCGGAUGCAAGUUAUCGCCGUCGCGAAGAUCGGAGGCGCGGGCGAGGCUUGGAAGGACUGUUUUCGGGCCGAGAGGGAGACCUCAACGCUGGCGGAGUAGAAGAAAGCGACGCGGCGGACACCUCGCAGGAGUCCGAGCACGGCGAUGCGGCGGAGAACGGCGCCGACGGCUGGAAGGAGGACGUGAGCAAGCAGCGCGACGUGCCUGCAGAAGCAACAGAAGCAGAUCUCGCGCAGGCGAGCGUGGCGGCAGAGACAAGCGCGGUGGAGGCGGACGGAACGAGUGGUGCUCGAAACCCGCCGCGCAACGGAGAGGAGCGUGGCAGCGAGAGGCGUAGCAGCAGCUCGCGCUCUCCAGAUUUGCGUCAGCAAUGCGACGCGGGAUGCGGCGACGGCGUGCGCUCGCCAGAUCACCGGCGCACUUGUGAUGGGGGGCGCGGCGACGGCAUGCGCUCGCCAGAUCCGCGGCGCACUCGUGAUGGGGGACGCGGCGACGGCGUGCGCUCGCCAGAUCCGCGGCGCACUCGUGAUGGGGGACGCGGCGACGGCAUGCGCUCGACAGAUCCGCGGCGCACUCGUGAUGGGGGACGCGGCGAUGGUGUGCGCUCGCCAGAUCCGCGACGCACUCGUGAUGGGGGAAGCGGCGACGGCGUGCGCUCGCCAGAUCCGCGGCGCACUCGUGAUGGGGGACGCGGCGACGGCGUGCGCUCGCCAGAUCCGCGGCGCACUCGUGAUGGGGGACGCGGCGACGGCAUGCGCUCGCGAGAUCCGUGGCCGCUGCAUGAGAGGAGACACGGAAGUGGAUACCACUCGCCAGAUUCGAGGCAACACCGGGACACCGGGGAGGCGGAUAUCGCUCACCGCAUCGGCGGCAGAGCAGGGAUGGGAGGCGCGGUGGUGGGUCUCGAUCGCCUGGCCGGUAUUGGCAGCACGACGGAAGAUGUGCCGGACAGGGAGGGCGGGAGCAACAUGGCGAUAGAGAAGAAAGCAGUGGGCUGGUGCACAGCCUGGAGCGAGCCAAGGAAGCAAGGGAGGGCCUACAGCGGGCAAAAGGAAGGGGAGCAUCAGGGAGAUCGGUGGGAGGGCCGAGCGAGGCAUGGGGAGAAGGAAGGGGAGGCACGGCCGUGGGCAUGA